UUCAAGAGAGAAUCUCACAGAUUUUGCUCUGCAGCAGCAGUUUAUCUCAGGGGCAAGAGGGGUAGUUUGCCACAAUGAGGUUUUUCCUCACGUCCGUGUGUCUUCUGUUGCUGAUUAAUGUUUCUUUCAGCAGCAUCAGUGAUGAUCCCUGUUACAACUAUGAGUCUCUGGAUCGUCCCUGGAGAGCAACAAAUGAAAGUGGAUUGACAAUUUGUGAUAAAUACUUCUCCUGGAGUGGCUGGUACAGACUUUAUCAUUAUGGGAUGAACAUCCAGAUGCCAGAGACCUGUGUUUAUGGAUACAGCUGUAACUCAGAAUCUGGUCUGUGGCUCAAUGGUCCUCAUCCUCAGAUAGAAGAUGGUGUGGUUAUCCGGGAGGUCUGUGGGGGGGAUAAUUGGUUUAGUAACUGCUGUACAUACAAAUCAACACCCAUCAGAGUAAAAGCCUGUCCUGGAAAUUAUUAUGUCUAUGAACUUGUGAAACCACCAUACUGGUGUUCAGGAUACUGCACAGAUGUCAGCACUAUAACACCGAAUGAUCCCACAACAAUUCCAGCUGUGAUCACUGGAUCCAGUGUCACCUUCAGUGACCCGUGUUCAAACUACAACACACUGGACGACUCCUGGAGGAAAACACACAGUGACUGGUAUAUGAAUGAAUAUUUAGAUUAACAUGAUGACACGCGUGUGAAAUGGGACGGCUGGUAUCGACUCUUCAUUGAUGGAUCGAGUGCUCAGAUGCCCGAGUGGUGUUUUACUUACAUGUCAUGUGGAGGUGUCAGUUCUCUGUAUCUUGGUGGAUCUCAUCCUCGAGUAGAAGAUGGAGUUGUUACUCGUCAAGUCUACGGCUCUUAUCAUGACCAGUGCAGUCAUUUCACAUCCAACCCAAUCCAAGUCAAAGCUUGUCCUGGAGAUUAUUAUGUCUAUGAACUGACUAGACCACAUCAAACGAACCCAGCUCCUUCAUAUUGUGCAGUUUCUUUUAACACUCCAAGUGUGGACCCCUGUUACCGCUACACCAGUUUGGAUGAACCCUGGAGAUCCUCUGAUCAUUAUUACAACGACCAUGCCAUGUGUGAUUAUAAUGUUGAGUGGAAUGGCUGGUACAGACUCCUCAUCAGUGGUCAGAGCGCUCAGAUGUCAGAAUCAUGUGUUAGUGAAGGGAUGUGUGGCACUAAUAACCCACUGUAUCUCAGAGACCCUCAUCCACAGCUGGAAGAUGGAGUGGUCACACGACACGUCUGUAUGUCCUCAUGGAAUGGAUGCUGUGGUUCUGAAACUCAUCCCAUACAAGUCAAAGCCUGUCCAGGAAACUACUAUGUUUAUGAGUUUGUCAGACCAAUGGAGUGUGCUGCUUAUUGUGCAGAAGACACAGGUUUCACCACAUUGACUCCAACAACACAGACAAGAGAGACUCCGCCCUCAGAACAUAUUACUCCGCCCAUCACACCCACUGCUGAUAGAGAGCCCUGUUCUGAGCUCAACUGUACUGAAGAUGAACGGUGUGGACAGAAAAAUGGUGUUUAUGGAUGUUUCUGCAAUCAAAACCAAACCAGAUCUGAUCCUCAUUCUUUUGAUUUCUCUGAAACCUGUGAGAGCAGUUCAGGAUCUAUAUCUCUGUCUCGCUGUCAGCUGUUUGAAGCUGGUUUUUCAGCUCAUGUUCUUCAUCUCAAUGAGCCGAGCUGCAGAGGAAUCAUCCAGAACGGAACAGUGCACUUUCACUUUGAUAACAAUGAUCAUAUCUGUGGCACCAAUCUUGUGGCCAAUGGCACUCAUAUCAUCUAUGAAAACUUUAUUUUCGGGACACCAGAGUCAGCCGCAGGUCUCAUCAGCAGAGAGAAAAUACUGAAGCUAAAUUUCAGCUGUAUUUACCCCCAAACACAAACACUUUCUAUGAUAGACAUCAACCCACUGGAGACCCGUGUGAACAAGAAUCUUCCCGCUGGUGAAGGGAGGUAUCAGGUGAGAAUGGUUCCAUAUCAGGAUUCUGAGUUCUCUCAGCCCUUCACUGGUCGUGUGGAUGCAGAACUCAACCAGCAGAUGUUUGUUGAGGUUGGUGUUGACGGGGUUGACAGUCGUCAGUUUGUCACAGUGAUUGACACAUGUUGGGCUACACCUGUGAAUGAUCCAGAUUACAGUCUGCGCUGGGAUCUCAUCACUGGAGAGUGUCCAAAUCCACAAGACAACACAGUGGAGCUUCUUCAGAAUGGUGUCUCAACAUCCAGCCGUUUCUCCUUCAGGAUGUUUAUCUUCAGCUCAAACGCCACUAAAGUUUACCUGCACUGUUCUGUUCAUCUGUGUCUUCUGACCAACAAUCUCUGUUCAGCGGAUUGUUAUUCUGGACAUCACCAGAGGAUGGGCAGGUCUCUGGACUUUUUCGACAGUUCUUCUAUAUCCAUGGGUCCUCUGGUCUGGUCUGAAAGAAACUCAGAUGCAUUGAGCCCAGAAACAGUAAUAAAGUCAGGAGCUUCAGGUCUGUGCGGUUGCUUGAUAAUACUACUGGUUUCACUUCUAAAUGCCCGCAUCAUCUUUUAGGACUUUUC